AUGAGUUCUGGUACAGGAAGUGCCGGCACCGCCAAACCUGGCCCGCCUUCCAAACAAGGCCAGGGCGCUUUCUCCGGCGUCAGCAACCACGCCAUCCUCCUCGACAAGCUCAACCGGCGAUCGACGCCCGAUUCUGAGGCUCUUGCGAGCUCAGACGACGAGGCCGAUUCUCAUCGCCAGGAGACCUCACAACAGGCCAACCAGCCGCAGAAACCUGUCAGACGCGCCUCUUGGCUCAAUGAUACUACCCAGCCACUACCUCGACCCCGCAAAGGCUCGUUUGCGAGCAGCUCCAUGUCUCCCACUGCGUCUCACCCAAGCACCCCCUCCGCCGAAGGAACCGCCCCUUGGGGCACUCACACCCAAUCGUCUGGCGUCAUGGGCCGUGCUCCCGUGUCCGGAGGUUCCUUCACCUGGGGAACAGGUAUCUGGAACAAUGAGAGGAAGGACCCCCCCUCUCGCCUCAGUGAAGUUCUGCCUUCGCCCACGUCCACGAUGCCGCCCGGCUCGGCUGGUGGCUCGUUUUUUGGUACUGACGGCAACUAUGGCCAGACGUCUCCUGCGCCCAGAGACUCUGGCCCCAAUGCCCAAAUCCCCUUUGCUAUUCCUCUCCAUCCGACCCCCAAGACCUACCGUUCUCAGUCAUACUCCGUCGGCCAGUUAGAGCCUGACGCGCCCCCGGCUACGAUGAGCAGCUCUACACUCCUGGGUCGUGGCCGUGCUCAUGGACACUCUGGUCUGCAGCACCGUCCUUCCCGGCCCAGCAUGCUUAGUGAAAUGUCGAACGAUACAGGACUGCUCGGCAAAGUCAAGGAGGUGGACGAUGAUGACGAUGAGAGUGCCACAGAGUCCAUGCAGGGAUCCAUGCAUCAGUCCGCCGAGGCAAAGACAAUUGAGUUGCUUGCUCGAGAAAACGCCAUGCUUCGUCAACAGCAGCAGCAGCAACAACAGCAGCAGCAGCAGCAGCAGCAGUAUCAGAACAGACUUCGCCCGAGAGCCUCGACUGGUGUGGCCUACGGACUGGGCAAUGGUUACGCCCUGCGCGAAGCUGUCCCCGAGGAGUCCGACUUUGCUAUUGACGAGCUCGAUGAGGUCAACGACGGAAGCGAGAUGGCGGCGAAGAGAGCCUUGGGCCGGAGAAUGAGUGAGUACGGAGCGUCUGGAUUCCGCUCGCCGUACGAGAACCGGAAGCUGGAGAAUGUCAAGAAGGCGUUCUGGCACAGUUCUCUUGGCUUUGGCGGGCCUGAGGGACAGCAGAGUCGAAGACACUCGUUUGCCGACAUUCCGACUCGUCAGGGCUCUAUCAGUUCCAUCAAUGAGUCUUUCAACGCGCUCGACAACCCCGUCACGGAGCAGCAGCACCCCCAGGAUUUCUCCAUGGGUUACUCCGAGAACCAGAACACCUAUCCUCUUGGCAACACCACUGCUUACUUCACUCCCGGUGGAGGCCUCGCAGCUCCCCCCCAGAGCAUGCAAUUCAACAACCCGUUCCCGUCGGCGUACACGAUGCACCCCCCGUACGGAAACCGUGCACCCUCGCCCCAUCGCAACGUCUACGCCAUGUCGCAGCCGCGUCACAACCAGCUGUUGCACAUCGUCUUGUUCAAGUGCGCUAGAGCCGAUGUCUUUUACGUCCAGGAAGGCACCGGCCUCACUGUCAAGCCAGGUGACCUCGUUAUUGUCGAGGCCGAUCGGGGAACUGACCUCGGAACCGUUGCGAGAGACAACGUUGACUGGCAGACUGCCAAGGAGCUCAAAGAGCACUACGCCGAAGAACAGUAUAAGUGGCUGAUGAUGUAUUCCCAAAACGCCGCUGCUGCCCAGGACGGCACAGGCGCCGGCCUCAUGGCGGCUGCGAAUGGUCUUCAGGGCAGCGCCGUUGGUGGAAUGGGCCCGCCCAAUCAACACCACAUGCAGGAGCCCAAUGCCGGCGAGCUCAAGCCGAAGCUGAUCAAGCGUCUGGCCCAGAGCCACGAGAUCCACGCCUUGCGGGACAAGGAGGGCAACGAGGCCAAAGCCAAGCGCGUAUGCAUGCAGAAGGUCAAGGAGCACGGUCUGAACAUGGAGAUUCUCGACGCCGAGUUCCAGAUGGACUGGAAGAAGUUGACGUUCUACUACUUCGCCGACUCGUACAUCAACUUCAACUCGCUCGUUACGGACCUGUUCAAGAUCUACAAGACAAGAAUCUGGAUGUCGGCCAUUAACCCUGCCUCUUUCGCUAGCCCGACGUUAGGUAUUCAGGCCCCUAGCGGUGUUGGGCCUGGAGCAGUCGGUGUUGGUCGUGGAUCCAGCAACUCUGAGCGGCGUUCCACGCAGCAGCAACAACAACAACAACAACAACAACAGCAGCAGCAGCAGCAGCAGCAGGACCAGCAAUCCGGAGGAUUCGGAGGCACCGGUCCAGCUGGUCGUGGAUUCCAGAACUCCUUCACACCACCGUUUGGUGGAGAACGGCCAGGAGGCCCUGCCGGCGGCUACGCUCAACAGAAUUAUCCCUACUCGCACAUGGGCGGUAUUAGUAGUGCGCCCCGGCCUGGAAAUAUGCCCUACGUCCCGGGUGUCGUUCCAUCGCUCGACAGUUACAGCUUCCCGGGAGCUGUCGACUACCAGAUGCGAUCCCGGUUCCCGGCGGGAAGUGAAGCUGGCCCACAUGAGCCGGCCGGUGGGCCCAUGAACCCUCAGAGCGACUGGGCGGCCGCGUUUCAGGGCCUCUCCUUGAACAGUCGUUAA